AUGCAACGAGCAUGUGAAAUGGUUGUGCCACUUUUACGUACAGAUGCCCAAACGCAAUGGUGCCCAUUUCACGUUCUGAAUGUGCAGAUUCUGCAACUUUUACUCAAAGAAGGUUAUAUUAGGGGUUAUCAAGUGUACGGAAGUAAAAUAAAUAUUCUUCUUAAACAUUACAAAGGGGCUCCAGUUAUUCGGAAUGUAAGAGUAGUAUCUAAACCCAGCCGUGACAUUUGGGUCACCCCGCACGAACUAAAAAGUAGAACGAGGUUUAACACUGGGUUGUGGGUCAUGCAAACUAGCCUGGGAGUGGUAUCCCACAGGGAUUGUAUAAGGAUGGGAAUUGGUGGUAAGAUGUUGUUCGCCGUUAACAACAAUUUUCAGCAUUUCUGCUAA